AUGUCUGCCCCACCAAGCAAGCAAGAACAAACCCUCCUCACCUUCCCCUCCUCCCACGCAGCCCUCAUCAACCCCUAUCUCCCACCUCUCGACCGGGAAGGAGACCGAGGAGAAAACGACGACGAACAAGAAGAAGAAGAAGAAGAAGCGCGACAGCACCAUGGCCGCGCGGGGAAGGUCCACCUGACGCUGACGUACGCCCACUCGCUCGACGCCGCCCUCGCCCGGGCCCCGGGCGUCCGCACCGUCCUGUCCGGGCCCGCGUCCAAGGCGAUGACGCACUACCUGCGCGCCCGCCACGACGCCAUCCUCGUGGGCGUCGGCACCGCCGUCGCCGACGACCCGGGCUUGAACUCGCGCCUGCGCGGGGCCGCGGGGUUGGUGCGAGUCGGGAGCCAGCCGCGGCCGGUGGUGCUUGACCCGCGGGGGAGGUGGCUGGUGGGGGCGGAGAGCAAAGUGGUGAGGUUGGCUGCGGAGGGCAAGGGGCUGGGGCCUUGGGUCUUCGUCGGGGAGGGAGUGGUCGUUGACGAGGGGAGGAGGAAGCUUCUGGAGAGGGUCGGGGGAGGGUACGUGGCUGUGCCGCUGGGGAGGAAGGGAAGGUUCGAGUGGGGGGACGUGUUGGGGGUGCUCGGGAGGAAGGGGAUCAGGAGCGUGAUGGUCGAAGGGGGUGGGGAGGUGAUCAACUCGCUGCUUGCGCGCGACGGGAAGGCGUUUGUGGACUCGGUGAUUGUGACGAUCGCGCCGACCUGGUUGGGGCAGGGGGACGUCGUGGUGUCGCCGCCGAGGAUGGAGGGGCCAGCCGGGGAGCCGCCAGAGCAGCUGCGGCUGACGGACGUGAAAUGGUGUCCGAUGGGGGAGGAUGUGGUGCUGUGCGGGAGGAUUGCGAGGUGA